AUGAUGAUGGAUGAUGAUUGGAACACAACGGGACCACUCGAAAAGGACAUAUUCAUUUCAGAGAUUCACAACACCGACAGAGAAACGAUUGAUUUGCUGCCGCCUGCCCACCUGCCAGUGGGCUAG